UCUACGAUUGAUUCGUAACUCUGUUGGAUAGAUUUAUGGUCCUGAGUUCAAAUCCCAAAGGUAGCAAAAAUUUAUUUUUCACAAUUCGUACCUUUAUACAGCGAAUUCAUACGUAUUCUACAUAAAAUUCAUACAUUAAAAAUUGCUCUUAUUUCUUAUUUUAAAAUGUGCUCUCACAGUAGCCCACCCCUCUUGUACAACUAUUUAAAUACCAAAUAUAAAAAUCAUAUACGUGUAAAGAUCAUAUAUGUCGAUGGAUACGAUUUUUUUAUGACAAAAAUCUGCAACUGCGUGCUAUUCAAGGUGCAAACGAGUCAGAGGUUUUUUUAGGACAGUAACUUAGGUUGAUUUGGAAAUUAGGAUAAAAAAUUUUGGGCUAAUAAAAAUAGGACACUAAUUAAUAAGCAUUGCAACCGCGGAUAUUUCUCGGCCAAUUAUCAAAUUUUUGGACUUACCCGUAUGGGCCAAGCGCAUGAACCCUAAAAAUGAUGUGCUUGCCACAUAAUCAACCCCUCCGUACGGGUUGUCAUGUGCUUGGCCGUGCAAGUAAGUCCAAAAAUUUAAUAAUGGGGCGAGAAAUGUCCUUCGGGUGCGACACUACUUAAGGUGUCCUAUUUUUACAAGCUCAAAAAAAAUUGUCCAUCGACUUAAGAUGUUGUCUUAAAAACCCUCUGAGUUAACUCAGGUGCACACUCUAUAAACUAUGCUCUUAUGCAGUAAUUAAUAAAUCACACUUGAAUAUAGUUAGAUGAUCGAUUCUUGAACUAUUAUUUUGUUGAAGUAAGCCCGUUUAUAUUUCAUCAACCGAGAUAUUUUUCUGGAGAAUUUGAUUAAUUAAACCAUGGCAAUAACAUGGGUGAGACUGAGUGUAUAGGUGAGACAGGUGGGGAUGGCGCUGGGGUGCAGGUCGAGGCGGGCUGGGCGCGGGUUAUAGGCUCGUUGAAAAACACGGAUGAUUCAAAGUAAUUAUUGUUGUGAUGAAAAGUAAUAAUCGACAUGUAGAAAUAUAAUGUUUGUUAAACAUUACUUUUUUUCACGACAAUUUUGCUAUUUUACUCUCGAGCUUGUACUUUUCGUUUGUUUGGUCAAGUAAUUACAGUAAUCGAACAAGCAACAUUAGAGAUGGUAUGUGAAAGUCGUACCACUAGGCUAGCGAGUCUUAUUUGCAGAAGACCAGAUAGUUUUUAUUUAUACUACUACUGGGAAUUGAAAAUAAAAUGAAACAAAGAAAAAAAACGGAUAGUUUUUAUUUAUAAACUGCUACUGGGAAUUGAAAAUCAAAUGACAAAAAUAAGUUUUUAUUUAGGGAAUUGAACCUGUGCAUUAGAGAUGGUAGGCGAAGAAACAUAUUACCGAGCAAGUGCGCGUUGUUUGUAAAUUGCAGAUAAUUUUUACUUAUACGCUCUUGGAGAGAAUCGUCUCAUGGGAGGCCAACUCUUAAACCAUAAUAUCACAGUUAAGAAACAAUAUUACAAUAUAAUAUGGAUUGCCGCGGGCAUUCUCUAGUGUAGGUUUUCAGCAUCGUCUAACAAUAUGAAACCAUUUUUAAUGAUUUCUUCAUGUGCAUGUGUUGGCCAAUCGGUAAGGGGUUAAUGCCUAAGGUCAAAGGUCUUAGGUUCGAGUCCCUUGUGAGGCGGCCUUUAAAUUUCUUUAUUUAAUACUGUAACUAAGUUCACUAUUAUAAAGAUGUUGGAAUUCGAGUCCCUUGUGGCGCGACCUUUAAAUUUCUUUAUUUAAUACUGUUAUUUUUAAUAACUUCUUCUAGAUUAAUUACUUUUUAACUAAGUUCACUAAUAUAAAGAUGUUGGAAAGAAUGUUUGGAGAAGAAGGUACAACUGAAAAGAAACUAUAUGAUGCUGCAACAAAGGGAGAUUUAUCAACAUUGCAAGAACUGCUGCAAGAACAUCCACACCUUGUUGAUGAAGUUUCAUAUGCACGUUCAAGAAACCUUCUACAUUUAGCAACGAUGCAUACACAAGUUGAGAUCGCUAAAACAUUGUUAUCGGUAGCCCCUGAGAUGUGCUGGUGGAUUGAUGAUCAAGGCAUGAACCCGGUUCAUAUCGCAGCCAUGAAAGGGCGAGUUGAGAUCUUGGAGGCGAUGCUUCAACUGGAUUUGCUUCCUGCUAUGGAGAGACUGCAUCGCGGCCAGACAGUAUUGCACUUGUGCGUGAAACAUCGUCAGCUUACCACGUUGACGGUUUUGGUGGAGAAAUUGGGAGAACUUGUGUAUGCAAAGGAUGAUGAUGGGGAGACACUCUUGCAUUUGGCUGUUAGGUCCAAUCAACUUGAGAUGGUACGGUAUUUGGUGGAAGACAAUAAAAUAAAGAAGCUAACAAAGAAUUCCAUGGGCAAAACGGAGCUGGAUGUCUUGAAAGAGUGCUCUCCACACACAGCUAUUAGUGGUAAUUAUUCAAAAAUGAAAAGAAUCUUACUACGCAAACAUUGGCUAUAUCAAGAGCAAUUGAUGCAAGGCUACCUGAAGAUAACCGACAUGACAAUGGUAGUGGCGGUCCUCAUAGCCACAAUGGCGUUCCAGUCGGCCGUCAGCCCCCCGGGCGGGGUGUGGCAGGACGACACGCCACCACACGUGGCCGGCAAAGCAGUGAUGGCGUCUACUCAUCCCAAAAUAUACAAACACUUCGUUCGUGCUAACGGCACGGCUUUCGUUUCAUCUCUCAUCGCAAUCAUAUUGCUCACCACUGGUGCGCCUCUGAGAGAAUUUAUUUUCCUUAUGGUCGUCUAUUAUGCGAUGUGGGUGUCAGUGGCGGCUAUCGGAGUGAGUUAUGGAGCUUCCUUAAUCAUGACCAAUCCCGCCCACACAAAACCACUUGCCCAUGUUGUUGCCAUAGUAGUGUCUUUAUUCGUCGCCAUCCUUGGAUCAGUGUACGCCUACAUUGGUAUACAGGAGCUGUACUUGUCGUGGAAGAGAAGGAAACAUGAGCAGGAAGAUCUUACAAUCUCGCGUUAUUUUUAUCAGAUUUUCAAAAAGUUAAAUGUAUGCUUUAUUCGUCUCUUCUUACCAAGGUCGGAUUCUUUCCACGACCUAAACGUACAGUGAGAUUUAGAGUUUAAAUUUAAUUAAUCGCUCCUCUUACUU